AUGAAGGACGACGGCAAGACGCCAGAUAGUGAAAACGGAGGAGCGAACGUGUUCGCAAGAAGCGGAAAGCUGCAGAGAUCACCAGCGUCAAACCAGGUGACCACAGCGAGUUCCAGUAGUAGCAUACCCCAAGUGGAACAGCAUGGACCCCAAGGAGAGCAGUUAGGUGCGGUGCCAUGCCAAAUAUUCACACCGAAAUCCAGCAGUGGCAAACAGCAAGAAUUGCAGCUUGGGAGAACCAAAAUGACGGAGGUUAGGAAGAAGAUCGAAGAACUCUAUGUGUUCGUGAAGGAUAAGAACAACAUACACAAGGAGGUCAAGCUACUAGCGACGGUCAUCAAAUCCGGCAUAUCUGUGGCAGAUCGGGAACUGCAAGAAUGGAGAAGAAGAGCCGAAGCGGCCGAAAAGGCUCUGCUUGAGGCCAAGGAGAAUGCAAUGCUGGCUGUAGCGCAGGAGACGCCGAAGGGACAAACGAACCCACGUCCGAAAAAAAAAAGAAAUAGGGAAACGCCAGGAGUCGAAGAGGACCCAAAAAAACACAAGGACGACGAAUACGGGGACAAGGGGCAAGAAGAUGGAGAAGACAAUGAUUGGCGUAAAGUCGAAAACCAGAAGGAGAAGAGGAAAAAACUGAAGGAAGAGGAAAAAAGGAAGACGGAACAGAAGAAGGAGGAGGAGAAGGAAAAGAAGAAUGAAGAGGAAGAGAAGAAGAAGAAGACGGAAGAGAGGAAGAAGGAAGUCAAGAAGAAGGAAAACCCCAGGCAUCGUAGGGAGAGAAGUAAGGGCGACGCUCUGGUUAUCGAGGCGAAAGAUAAAACGACAUACGCAGCAUUCCUCCGGAUAGUGAGAGAGGAUCCGAAGUUAAAGCAACUGGGCGAGAGCGUGGUGAAAACCAGGCGCACCCAGAAAGCUGAGCUGAAGAAGGACCCGUCGGUGAGGAGUUCAGCCUUCAAGGAACUCGUCGAAAAAUCUCUUGGCGAGGACACGAACGUAUGA